AUGGUUAAUUUUUCGGGCCGGAAUAACCUUCGGCGUGGUUUUGACCAUGUCAACCUCCCCAUUAUAAGUGUCCUCCGUCGCGAGGCCCGCAAGGCCCUCGAGACCCUCCACAAGAUGGACGCUUCCGGCGUCCUCAUGAAGUUACUGGACCGAGUCCAGCUCGAGCUUGACAUCUGCAAACCUCUCAUACCGACCUACACCCAUCUUCUAUUAUCCACGCUCUUCCCCAUCUACAUCGGAGCCCAUGCGUCCUUGACACGACCCGCCUCGGCAGCCAAGCCAACCAGACUCAAACGCAAACGUGGAGAUGAUGAAUCAGCUAUUGAUGGGGAAAUCCAAGAAGACAGCGACCAGGAAGAUGAAGAGGAGGAAACCAGCGUGAAGAAAAUGGAAGGCCUCGAGCCAUCUGACGCCAUCAUGUUUCCCGUAAUGGCCGGCCUCACCCUGGCUGGUCUAUAUUUCCUGAUCAAUUGGCUGAAGGACCCAGCUAUCCUCAACAAAUUCCUAGGUUUUUACUUCACGCAGGCAGGAACCGUCUUCGCGAUUGCAUUCCUGCGCGACGGAUUCUCGCUGUUCCGAUCAUUGAUUUUCCCAUCCCACUACGCUCUGGAUGGGUUUCUGUGGAAAGCAAACCAUCGCAGAAGGAUUUUUGUACCUGUGGGACAUGACGACUUACCUCUAGCAGUGGUAGAGGACGAGGAGCAUCGCAGGUCACCUUUACCGGGCUAUCUAGGAAAAAUUCCUUUGCCCCCCCCAUAUUUGAAUACCCUCUGGCACUUACGCGACUUCGCAUAUAAGAAAGCCUCGGUACGCGCCUACAUCCACGCCAUCGUCGAAGUCAAAAGUCGCAUCACGAUAUUUGACGUCAUAAGUACCAUCCUUGCGCUCGUGGCCGUGUAUUUCUUCAAUUUCGUGACGAAGCCGUGGUGGUUAACCAAUUUCUUUGGCUUCAGUGUCUCCUACGGAGCCAUGCAGUUCAUGUCGCCUACGACGUUCUGGACAGCCUCGCUGAUUCUUGGUGCCUUGUUCUUUUAUGAUAUUUAUUUCGUCUUUUUCACCCCGCUGAUGGUUACGGUUGCUCAGAGCCUGGAUAUACCAAUCAAGUUGGUUUUCCCGCGCCCUGCAGCGCCGGGGGAGGAUCCUGAUCUGAGCCGCAUGGCUAUGCUGGGGUUGGGCGAUAUUGUGAUCCCGGGCAUGGUUAUCGGUUUAGCGCUACGGUUUGAUCUUUUCCUUCAUUACAAGUCAAAGGCCGCUUUAUUGAAGCAACCUGCCAAGAUCCCAUAUGUCAGUGCAACGGGCCGUUGGGGCGAGCGUUUCUGGACAACGUGGUUCGCAUCCGCAUCCAGGUAUUCACCGAUCGUUCAUCCUCAGCUCCUGGAUGGAAGACUCACGUCCCACGAAGCGAAGAACUUUCCCAAGACAUACUUCCAUGCUAGCCUUGUCGGAGGCGAUAUCAAAGAGAUGUGGAAUUUCUCCGAUGCGAUUGAGGAGGAAGAAGACAAAGAUGCUGAUAUGGGGGGAAAUAAUACCGGUGACAAGGAUAACGAUAAGGAGAGGGAGAAGGAAAAAGAAACGUUUCCUUCACCUUUCGGAGUCGUCCGCAAGCUGUUUUACAAAGAGGAUACCUUCAAAACCCCGGCGCCCUUAUCUAAGAAAUUGGAUCGCAAUGAUAAGGAUAAGGACCAGACUGAUAACCGCGCAGCACAAGAAACUUCCACGUCUAUAGACCUAGUAUUAUUUUCCAUUUCCUUCCCCAAGUCAAAGCGGCAGUAUAGGAAAAUUACCACCCCCAAUGGCAAUGACCGACGAGAAGACGAAGACAUAAAUCUGCUACGAGUCUUCAUUGUCCACUUCUGCGCCUGUCCUUGUAGCGGCCGGGACGAGUGCGGAUGUCGAAGAACCCGUAUUGAAGAAGCGGAGGACGCGGAGGGCCGGGUAGAAGGUAUGGGUAUUAUGACUGAGCCUAUUCGUAUCUAUGAUACACAUAUGAUAGAAUUGUUGAGGAUUCAGCAAGAUGACACGGUCAUACACAUGUAUAUUCACUUCUUUUUUGCCUUCCACUGA